CUCCAGUCUGUCACACGCCUACUUUUCCACUGACAGUAUAGCGAACCCGUGAGGAAGACACGUAGCGCGCCUGGGACGGGGACAUGCACUUUUCACUCUGAAAAUACGUAUUUCCUCCGUGUUUCAUAGGAAACGUUUGUCUGCAAAUUCCAAUGAAGCAUCUCCUCAUGCCACUGAAUAACGAUCCUUGAGACUUUGCUGUUCUCAGCCAUGAGCUGCUUGGAUGUUAUGUAUCAAGUCUAUGGUCCUCCACAGCCGUAUUUCGCUGCAACCUACAGUCCCUAUCAUCACCAGAAACUAGCGUUUUACUCCAAGAUGCAAGAAGUACAAGAUAGUGUAAGUGGUGGAAGUUCUUUCUCCGGACCAACGAUAAAGGAAGAGGACUGUACACGGGAGAAGGAUCAUCCCCCCGAAGCCGAGUACAUCAACUCGAGAUGCGUGCUCUUCACCUACUUCCAGGGGGACAUCAGCUCCGUGGUGGACGAGCAUUUCAGCCGCGCGCUCAGCCAGCGCGGCACCUACGUCUCCAGCUCCGCAAGUGCAAAGCCCACACGAGAUGGAUCAUUCCCCAUGAGCCAGAGAAGUUUCCCGCCGUCCUUCUGGAACAGCGCUUACCAGCCGUCAGUGACCAACUCCUUGGGCAGCACCCUGAGCGGAGGCCUGGGGGCUGGUCACGUGGAAGUACCCUUCCCCGCAGACCCCUACUCCACAGCCUCCCUGCACAGCCAUCUGCACCAAGCCCCCCCAGAGCCCUGGCACCCGACCCAUCAUCACCCGCACCACCACCCAUACUCCCUGAGCGGGCCCAUCGGCGCCCAGGGCUCCGCUUACCCCCGGCCCGGCGUGCACGACGUCUACGGCACGCACUUCGACCCGCGCUACAGCUCGCUGCUGGUGCCCUCGGUCCGGCCUCACCGGCUCACGCCGGCCGCCGUGCCUGCACCCGGCACCCCGCAAUGUGACAUCAACAAGAGCGACGGCGGCGGCUCGGCGUGGACGGGGGCGUUCCCGGGAACCGGCUCUGAAAUGGGCCAAAGCAUCAGCAUAAACAUGGACGCAGGUCUCCCGACCCAGGAUAAGAGCAAGGACUUGUACUGGUUUUAGGGCCUCCCUGCCCCAUCCAGCCAGAACUGGGCUCUGUGUUGCUCUGCUUUGUAGAUAUUGACAGGUUUUUUUCUGUAACAGAUUCUAAUCUUGCUUGCAGCUCGACGUUACACCCUCUGCGGCGGGACCAUCCUGAGCUGAGCUUUCGCCUCUGCGGACCCCCCCCCCCCCCCCUUCCCCCCCGCUAAGCCGUCCAGAAACCGGGUGGACAAGAGAGCGUGAGCCACAGAUAUGCAUGUCUCCAGCCUGAGAGAGAGAGGCAGAAUGAGGCAGUAGGGCUCUAAAGGACAGCUUCCCAGAAUGCGAACUGGUGUAACUGGAGGCCAGUUCCUUCUCUGUUCCUUGUGUGAAUCGAAGGCUGCUGCCUCUUCAUGAGGAACCUUGCGGGGGGGGGGGGGGGGGGGGGAAACCCACCUGAGCGCUCUUAAGCAGACAAGCCUGCGAAUGUUUUUACGAGAACUUUUAUGUUUUUAUGAACAAACGAAGCUGACAUGGAGACAUGUGGGAAAAAUGCACCAAUCAAUGACACGCAGAACUAUUUUUUGACUUUUUUUAAAAAAAAAAACGUUCAAUGCUGCAUUUUUUGUUGUUGUAAAGAACGAAUAAGUGAUUUCCAAGGGAGGACACUUCUUUUAUGACUGAAGCGACCGGGGGAGGGGUCUCUACGACUGCUUGCUUUGCCUGUAGCACCUCCGCAGCUGUCACUGACAACUGUUCUCCAACUGGACAGACACACAUUCGUUGUGUCACUCGGUCGGACCAAACAAGUGCUCGGGUCUCCACACAAGGAGUGUGUUGUCAGAUCAGGAUCCCCUGCCCACAAUGAACAACUGCUCCGAGGGCGAGACAGUGGGGUUGAACAGAGGACAUCAGCCCUGUCUCAGCCAGCUCUGUCAAUCUGUGUGAAGUUAAUGUGUGUGUGUGUGUGUGUGUGUGUGUAUGUGUGCGUGGGUGUGAGAUCUGCCCUCCAAUACAUACGCUAUAUUUCAGGGGGGUCGGGAAAUGGUAUUUGUAACAGUGGAAAGAGUUUCAUUGAAGAGUUUUAUCUAUAAUGUAGAUCUCCAUUGUUCAAUAUUCAUUGUCAGUAGGCCUAUGUUCCAUGUCAAACAUUUGAUGGGCAUUUUUUAAAAAUUGAAUAUAUUAAUAUAUUGACAAUUUUAAGUAUUUUUUCCUCUUAAAAUUCUGAUGUAAAUGCUACAUUUUGUCUGUAUUAGCCUGCGAAUAUAUCAGAGAAUGGUACAGGAUCAUUAAAACUGAGAAUGCAGUUCUACCAAAUCUUUCCAUAAUUUAUUCCAUGGACGCGCUUGCGAAGACAAACACAUGGACUUGCUUAAUGGUAGAAAAUGUAUAUAAGCGUGAUACGUUAUUUAACUUUUGAGUCCUUUUCGCAAAUCAGCUCCAGGUUUGCGCAGCCCAAGUGUCAUUUGAGCGGGAGAGUUUCGAUCGCUUUCCCUUGUUCGGUAAAAUAUGCACAGCUGUAAGAAAUACUCAUUUCCUUUAAACGUAUAAAAAGCCACGAACGAGCCAAUACAGCAU